CCUAGACCGGCUGGCGCUCUGGAAAACGCGACAUCUGGAGUUUCUUCGAGGGAUGACUUGGCUGCUGAAGAAGGUAGAGGUGGAAAUGAUAGUUAAGGUCGUGGGGUGGACGAAAGGCUGUAUUUGUAUUUUGUGGUGAUAAAGUUUUGAAUUUUGAUGCUUCGAACAAGAACGAGAAGGAAGUAGGUCCUAAGCCUAAAGGCCUAGAUUGGUUUCUGUGCCUAAAACGCUCAAUAAACUACAAAAUACAUGAUAGGUUUAUGCAGCUACUGAUGGAAAAAUUAGAACGUGAUAGAUUUUUGGAAGAACCGGAUUGAUUGGACUUAUGUUCAAUAAACAUGCUGCAUCGCAGAGGUGCUGGAAAUAUUUACUUUCACUAAAGACGCGGUAGUCGUAGUCCUAGUCGUGGUUGUGUAAGCAAAGUACUACUCUAAGAUGAUACGACUUCUUCUGCAGCUCCUGCAAGUGCUUCCUCAUCUGGCGCAAGGGCUGCGACGGCAUCACUCGCUGC